GGCGGCCCGCGUGGUGGUUCGGGCCUCGCCGAGCCGUCCGGCCGCUCCGUUUCGUGUUGACGUGACGAACACGCGGUCGCUUCCAGGGAAAAUGUCCGAGAAGCUGCGGCGCUGCCGGAAGGAGCUGACCGCGGCCAUCGACCGGGCCUGGGAGGGCGUCCGGCUCGCCCAGCGGGGGGCCCUGCCGCUCCCGACGCCCGGGCUGUGCUGGCCGCACCCGCCGGCCGCUCCCUUCGGCCCCGAGAACGAGGGCCCGGCCCCGGCCCCCGGGAGCGCCAAGCCGCCGGCCCCGUGCGCCCCGAGGAGGCCGCUGGCCAGCAAGGAGAACGUGCUGGGCGCCCCCGGCCCGGCCCCCGACCGGCCGCCCUGGAGCCCGGCGCCCGGGGAGAGCGGGCGCAGAGACGGCGCCAGGAAAGAUCUGGAGAAAGAGUUGAAGGUUGAGUCCAAUUUGCCUCUCAGCAGUUCUAGCCAAGAGGUCACGAAGGACCUGCUGGACAUCAUCGACAACACCAGCAUCCGGACCAUUGAAGAGCUGGCCGGGAAACUGGAAUUUGAAAACGAGCUGAACCGCGUGUGUGACUCCUGCGGAGACUCCCCCUUCACGGAGGAGGCCUGGGCGCUGCUCAUGGACGAGAGCCCGCAGAAGGCGGUGGAGGCCGACCCCAGCAGCCUCCGGCGGGCCUUCGACGACCACAGCGUGGUCCAGACGGUCCUGGACCUGGAGGAGGACUACCACCUGAUGGGCUCUUUCAAAUACCACGUGGAGUGAGGGGCGCCCGCCCGGUGCCUCCCGGGAGGCGGAGGCGGGUGCCGCGCAGUCGCGUUUCUCAGAG